AUGCUAGUUACCACGCGUCUUCAGGCUAGCCAGCGCCGCAGACGUCUAAUCAUGGUCGAAAUACUCAAAAUCGAAACAACAACAUUACCAAUAACAACAACAACAACAAUACUCAUUCUCCUCAUCCUACCUCCUCUACCUCUUCCUCUGCCUAUUCUUUUGCCUAUUCUUCUCCUUCGUCAUCUUCUUCUCCACCUCCUUCCCGUCGCCCAGCUCGUUGUCCCCAGACUGGCAGGGUGAGCCCGCUCACUCUGGCAGCCUGGAAUGUUCGUUCCCUUUUAAACAAUCCGAGGAGCAACCGACCGGAGCGGAGGACGGCUCUAGUGGCACGAGAACUCGCCCGAAACAAGGUGGACAUCGCCGCACUCAGCGAGACCCGAUUCUCCGAGCAAGGCCAACUGGAGGAGGUAGGUGCCGGCUACAUCUUCUGGAGUGGUCGGCCCAGGCCAGAGCGACGAGACGCGGGCGUCGCCUUCGCCAUCCGGAACGACAUCGUGGGACGACUGCCCUGUUUGCCGCAGGGCAUCAACGAUCGCUUGAUGAGCCUCCGCCUGCCUCUCCGGGGUGGGGGCAAAUUCGCCACCAUCAUCAGCGCCUACGCUCCGCCGAUGACCAGCCCCGACGCCGCCGCAAGGGACAAAUUCUACGAGGACCUGCACGCCCUCUUGGCGACUGUGUCGAAGGCGGACAAGUUGAUUGUCCUUGGUGACUUCAACGCCCGCGUCGGCACAGACCAUACUGCCUGGAGGGGAGUGCUGGGUCCUCACGGUCUCCGCGGCUCCAACGACAACGGCCUGCUUCUCCUCAGCACCUGCGCAGAACACCGCCAUACCCUGACGAACACGUUCUUCUGUCUGCCGGAGCGAGAGAAGGCCACCUGGAGGCAUCCUCGGUCGCGUCAGUGGCACCUGCUGGACUAUGUCCUCGUCCGGAGGCAAGAUCAGCGGGACGUGCUGGUGACGAAGGCGAUCAAGGGGACUGACGGGUGGACCGACCAUCGCCUCGUCAUCUGUAAGAUCCGUAUUCGCCUGCAGCCUCGCAGGAGACCACAAGGUAAGCGACCUCCAAGUAAGCUGAAUGUUGCCUUUUUGUCCUUGCCCGCUCACCAUCUUCAUUUCAGCAAUGAGCUAGCUCAAAGGCUAGACAACCUUCCUAUCGCUGUCGUCUCCGCCGCUGCCGCUAAAGCCUCCGUGGAGAACCGCUGGUGUCAACUGCGAGACACGGUCCAGUCGACGGCGCUCGCCGUCCUCGGUCGCGCUCCCCGCCAACACCAGGACUGGUUCGACGACAACGACGCUGCCAUCAGAAAUCUCCUUGCUGAGAAGAACCGCCUACACAAAGCCUACGUAGAUCACCCCACUGAGGACAACAAAGCUGCCUUCUACCGCAGUCGCCGACAGCUUCAGCAACGACUGCGCGAGAUGCAGGACGCCUGGACUGCUCGCAAAGCUGAGGAGAUCCAAGGCUACGCGGACCGCAACGAAUGGAAGAACUUCUUCUCCGCGAUCAAAGCUGUCUACGGUCCGCCGACGAAGGGCACUGCUCCUCUCCUCAGCGCCGACGGUAGCACCCUCCUGACUGAGAAGACCCAAAUUAUUCAGCGAUGGGCCGAGCACUUCCGAGGCGUCCUCAACCGCCCCUCUGUCAUCUCCAAUGCCGCCAUCGACCGUCUGCUGCAAGUGGCGACCAACGUGGAUCUCGACCUCCCGCCAUCUCUCCAGGAGACCAUCAGGGCCGUGCAGCAGAUCUCCAGCAGGAAAGCACCCGGAUCGGACGAAAUCCCUGCUGAGGUCUACAAGCACGGAGGUCCCCAAUUGAUGGAUCACCUGACUGCGCUCUUCUAGGAGAUGUGGCGUCAAGGUGAAGUCCCGCAAUAUUUCAAGGACGCAACUAUCGUGCACCUAUACAAGCACAAAGGGAAUCGCCGAGUCUGCGACAAUCACCGCGGCAUCUCCCUGCUGAACAUCGCCGGGACGAUCUUCGCCCGAAUCCUCCUCAACCGUCUCAAUAACCAUCUCGAACAGGGCUUUCUGCCUGAAAGUCAAUGCGGCUUCCGUCGUCAUCGUGGGACCACGGAUAUGAUCUUCACCGCCCGCCAACUUCAGGAGAAGUGCCAGGAGAUGCGGACCCACCUGUUCUCUACCUUCGUGGACCUGCCGAAAGCCUUCUACACGGUGAAUCGUGAAGGACUGUGGAAGAUCAUGCAGAAAUUCGGCUGUCCGGAGCGAUUCACUCAGAUGGUGCCUCAGCUGCACGACAGUAUGAUGGCGCGAGUCACAGACAACGGAGCUGUCUCAGAGGCACUCGCAGUGACCAAUGGAGUGAAGCAGGGCUGCGUACUGGCGCCUACCCUCUUCAGUCUUAUGUUCUCUGCCAUGCUGACGGACGCCUACCGCGACGAACGCCUCGGGAUCCGCAUCGCCUAUAGGACGGACGGUCACCUGCUGAAACAACGGCGGAUGCACUUCCAAUCGCGCGUAUCCACAACCACUGUUGACGAACUCCUCUUCGCCGACGACUGCGCCCUGAACUCCACCUCGGAAGCGGAGAUGCAACGGAGCAUGGACCUGUUCUCCGCAGCCUGCAAAAAUUUCGGUCUGGUCAUUAACACGCAGAAGACGGUGGUGAUGCACCAACCGCCACCCCACUAAGUCACAGCCCCCAACGCGCCGCCUCAAAUCAGCGUGAAUGGGACCCAACUACAAGUGGUGGAGAACUUCCCGUACCUGGGCAGUACUCUCUCCCGCAACACCAAGAUCGACGACGAAGUCGCCAACAGGAUCUCGAAAGCCAGUCAAGCCUUCGGUCGCCUCCAAAACACAGUUUGGAAUCGCCACGGUCUUCAGCUGAGCACGAAGCUGAAGAUGUACAAGGCCGUCAUCCUGCCGACACUACUGUAUGGAGCGGAGACUUGGACGAUGUACGCAAAGCCGGCACGCCGUCUGAACCACUUCCACCUCAGUUAUCUUCGUCGCAUCCUGAGGCUGAACUGGCACGAUCGAAUCCCCGACACUGAUGUGCUGGAACGGACAGGAAUCCUCAGCAUCUACGCCAGACUGAGACAAAUGCAGCUGCGCUGGAGCGGCCACCUGGUGCGCAUGGACGUCGAGCGACUGCCCAAACGACUCUUCUACGAAGACGUCGCGACGGGUUCUCGCCGUCAAGGAGGCCAGAUUCGCCGUUACAAGGAUUCCCUGAAGUCCUCCCUGAAACGCCUGCAAAUCAACCCCACCAACUGA